AUGGACAACAGUUUAGUGAGACAUUUCAUUGAGCUGAGACUUUUUUCAGCGUUCUCCUCUAUGCCUUUAUGUUCGAUGUAUUUCCACUCAUGCAUGCCAUCACCAUAUUGCGAAUCGGGAACGGUUUGUGUCAGUGCGGAGUCCGGAGGUUCCUGCUGUACAAAUCCAUCACAAAACACGUGUUCAAAUGACUACGAUUGUCGAGGAUCAUCUACAAUGCCGGCGAAAUGUUGCCCAACUGGUUGCAACUACAACAUGUGCAUUAACCUAGGAGUACCACAGACUCUUCGGCUCCGUCGGUUCCCAAUAGGUCAGUUCCAGGACCAGUUCUCCUGA